AUUGCUGUUAUUUAUUUUUCCGUCGAUUUCGUUGCGCUCUUACGACCCCGAGGGUCGCCCUGAGCUCCCCGUGGCGCCUGCUGCCGCCCCGCCUGCUCCCCGCUCCGAACCCGCGCCCAGCAGGAGACAAGGAAUAAAAAGCAGAGGGAAAAAAAAUGUCUUUCUUCAACUUUCGCAAGAUCUUCAAGCUGGGCGGCGAGAAGAAGAAGAAGCAGUACGAGCAUGUCAAGAGGGACCUGAACCCGGAGGAGCUGUGGGAAAUCAUCGGCGAGCUGGGAGACGGCGCCUUCGGGAAGGUCUUCAAGGCUCAGAACAAAGAAACAAAAGUACUGGCUGCUGCAAAGGUGAUUGAUACUAAGUCGGAAGAAGAACUAGAAGAUUACAUGGUUGAGAUUGACAUUUUAGCAUCCUGUGAUCAUCCUAAUAUUGUUAAGCUCCUAGAUGCUUUCUACUACGAAAAUAAUCUAUGGAUCCUCAUCGAAUUUUGUGCAGGUGGAGCAGUAGAUGCAGUAAUGUUAGAGCUUGAGAGGCCCUUAACAGAGCCACAGAUCAAAGUCGUGUGCAGGCAGACACUAGAAGCGUUGAACUACUUGCAUGAAAAUAAGAUCAUCCACAGAGAUCUAAAAGCUGGCAAUAUUCUUUUCACAUUAGACGGAGACAUCAAGCUAGCGGACUUUGGAGUAUCAGCUAAAAACACAAGAACGAUACAGAGACGCGAUUCUUUUAUUGGCACACCGUAUUGGAUGGCUCCAGAAGUAGUCAUGUGCGAGACAUCUAAAGACAGGCCUUAUGAUUACAAGGCUGAUAUUUGGUCUCUUGGCAUUACUUUAAUAGAAAUGGCUCAGAUAGAGCCACCUCAUCAUGAACUAAAUCCAAUGCGAGUGCUUCUGAAAAUAGCAAAAUCUGAUCCUCCUACGUUAGCACAGCCUUCAAAAUGGUCACCAGAUUUUAAAGACUUCUUAAAGAAAUGUUUGGAAAAGAACGUGGAUGCAAGGUGGAGUGCAGCGCAGCUUCUACAGCAUCCUUUUGUUACUGYUACUUCCAAUAAACCAAUAAGAGAAUUGAUAGCAGAAGCUAAAGCUGAGGUUACAGAAGAAGUUGAAGAUGGUAAAGAUGAGGAUGAAGAGGAGGAAACAGAAAGUUCUCUGCAGUUACCUACAGACAAGCGUGCAUCCUCUGACCUUAGUAUUGCCAGCUCUGAAGAGGACAAACUUUCUCAGAAUGCCUCUGUCUUGGAAUCUCUUUCGGAGAAAACAGAAAGUAAUGCAGCYGAGGAGAAAAACAUCGGUAUAUUUGCAGAUGGUAAAACAACUGGAGAUGAAUCUGAAAGYAAUAAAUUUGGUAAACCAGCAGAUAACAUGUCUGAUACUGCUGUUGUCAAUGUGAAAGUGCAGAAUGGUGCUGUGCCGACUGAUAAAGGUGAGCAAGGCAAAAUAUUGGCAAUUGAAAAGAAUACAGAAGGAGUAGAGGAAGCACGUGAAGAUACUGAACCCCAGAAAGGAAAUCAAGAACUUGAUGUGGUUACAAAACCAGAAAUAACAGAUGAAUGCAACCUAGAAACAGAGAAAGAAAAAGACAUUGGAAAUAAACAGGCAGAAGAAAAUAAACUGAUAAUAGCAGCCACAACAGAAAACAGCAUUGAAACUGAAGAAGUCUUUUCUAAGGAAACUGGUGAAAAAGAAGAGAAGGAGAACAGACUAGAUCUUCCAGAAAAUAAAAAUGUAGAUGUUACUGCAGAGCAAAAGGAUUACAAAGAUGAGGCUCAGAAGGUCGCGGUGAUAGACACCACUACAGAAAUUCUAGCCAAUGAGGACAAAGUGACUGAGGAAGAAAAGGAACUAAUAAGCCAUGGAGUUGACAAUAAAGAGGAGACAGGCAGUACUGGUGAAACUCAAAUUAGUGAUGGGGAUAAAGUACCUGAGACAGAGGAUAAGCUAACGGAAAAUCAGCCUAAGCAUGUCCAUGAGAUAAUCAGCUCUGAAGAAACAGUGUCUAAAAGCCAAGAUAAAGCAGUUGAAGUAGACAAGAAACUGGAAGAAAGUGAAAAUGAGGGUAUUUGUAAAACAAGUAGCAUGGAGGAAAGAGAGAUCCAAGACUCUGGAAAAGAAGACAGAGAUCAGAGGGCAAUAGAGAGCAAGACUGAGGAUAUUCCUGUUAAAGCAGUGGACAAACCAGCUGAGAUGGACCAGGAUUCAGAAGGACGUGGACCUGAGACUGUCCAGAAAAACAGUACUCAGCCAGAGAAAGGACGUUCAGAAAGUACUUCRGAUGAACUAGUAAAGAAUAAGCUUCAAGAUGCAGAUGAUGAACGAGCCGAGGAUUCUGAACUUGCUCCCGUUCCCAGUAUUAGCGUUAGCACUGAAGAAAGUGAGGAAAAAGUCAAAACAGAUAAUCAAGACAGUACUGGAACGUUACAGCAGCUGGAAUCAGAGACUCUAAAGGAAAAUGAUGCAGAUUCAGGCACUGGUUCUGCAGCUGACAACAGCAGCAUUGAUUUGAACUUAUCCAUUUCUAGCUUCCUCAGUAAAAACAAAGAGACAGGAUCAAUCUCUUUACAAGAAACUAGAAGACAAAAGAAAACGUUAAAGAAAACUCGCAAAUUUGUUGUUGAUGGAGUAGAAGUGAGCGUGACCACAUCAAAAAUAGUUACCGAAAAUGACUCAAAAAGUGAAGAGAUGCGAUUUCURCGGCGUCAAGAGCUGAGAGAGCUAAGACUACUUCAGAAAGAAGAGCAGAGAGCUCAACAGCAGCUAAGUAAUAAACUCUUGCAGCAGCGAGAACAGAUGUACAGACGUUUUGAACAGGAAAUGACAAGUAAAAAGCGCCAGUAUGAUCAAGAAAUAGAAAACCUAGAAAAACAGCAGAAACAGACGAUAGAGCGCUUGGAACAGGAACAUACAAACCGGUUACGAGAUGAAGCAAAACGUAUCAAAGCAGAACAGGAGAAGGAAUUGUCGAAAUUCCAGAACAUGUUGAAGAACAAAAAAAAAGAGGAGCAGGAAUUUGUGCAGAAGCAGCAACAAGAACUGGAUGCAUCUCUAAAGAAAAUUAUUCAGCAACAGAAGACAGAACUAGCCACCAUUGAACGAGAUUGUCUCAACAACAAGCAGCAGCUCAUGAGAGCUCGUGAAGCUGCAAUCUGGGAGCUGGAGGAGCGGCACUUGCAAGAGAAGCAUCAGCUCCUCAAGCAGCAGCUCAAAGAUCAGUAUUUCAUGCAGAGACACCAGCUGCUYAAGCGGCAUGAAAAGGAGACAGAGCAAAUGCAAAGAUAUAACCAACGACUUAUUGAGGAGUUAAAGAACAAGCAAACUCAGGAAAGAGCACGGCUGCCUAAAAUCCAGCGAAGUGAAGCGAAGACUCGAAUGGCCAUGUUUAAGAAAAGCUUAAGAAUCAACUCGUUAGCUUCUCCAGACCAAGAUCGUGAAAAAAUUAAGCAGUUUGCUAUUCAAGAAGAAAAGAGACAAAAAAAUGAGAGACUGGCUCAGCAUCAGAAACACGAAAAUCAAAUGCGGGACCUUCAGUUGCAAUGUGAAGCAAACAUCCGAGAGCUGCACCAAUUACAGAAUGAAAAAUGCCAUCUACUGGUUGAACACGAGACUCAGAAGCUAAAAGAACUAGAUGAAGAGCACAGCCAAGAGCUGAAGGAAUGGAGAGAGAAACUGAGACCACGAAAAAAGACUUUGGAAGAGGAAUUUGCCAGAAAACUGCAAGAGCAGGAAGUUUUCUUUAAAAUGACUGGAGAAUCUGAAUGCCUUAAUCCUUCAACACAAAGUCGGAUUUCCAAAUUCUAUCCCAUCCCCAGCCUUCACUCCACCGGGUCGUAACUCUGGGAACUGCUGUAGCUUUGUCAUGUUUGGGAUUCUCCAUCCUCAUCAGCUAACCCGAUAUAAUCUGCACCGUGCAUCAAAGGACCGCAGCGCUCCUUGUUUCCAGUGGAGACAAUCACUGUCACUGUCAGUUUUUCCCUUUUCCUCUGAAUGGAAGAAAACAAAAAAGGAGAACGGACCCUGGUGUGUAAUGGAAAUGUGAUGAUGUCCUUCAGAUGUUUCAAGAAUAAGUGGAUUUUUUUAAUCUAAGACUCAGUAAAUUAUCUUUGGGUUUGGCUUCAAGUAAGUAAGCCUAAAAUAAUAUAAUGUUUGUGGUCACAAAAAAAGAGAAAGGUUCCUCAUGUGAACGUCAAAAUGGUGUAAUACUCGUUCCACUACCGUGUUUUCACAUGUCUGAUUUCUCCACAACAGAAUUCCAUAAUGCAGCUGCCCUCAGAGGUUUAAGUGUUGUAAGGUUGAGCAGKGUCUGCAGGACAAGGACUGAAGCUAAUUACUCAGAACACGCCGAAUAUCCAAAAAAUUAGCCCGUACAUUUGAUUGGUAACAACAAAAGCCUUUACAACUUCUUCAAACCAACAGAAACCUCUGGCAUAAAUUAAACUGAGCAGAUCUCCAUUGCAUAUUUUGUCCAUUAAUUCCAUAAUGAAAUGGGGUGCUAGUUUAAUUAAUACAGUGCCUGAAACACUUAGAUAUGCUACUUUUGGCAACAAGAUAGUGUUUUGUCAUUACAGAAAACCUCCUUAACAUUGUUGUUACUGUACAAAACAAAAUAAUUCUUGCUGCUACUGCCAUUUUUGUCAUAAGUCCUCACCCUAAAAUAUUUUGCACUAAAAUAUGUAAAGGUGAAAAGAAUGCUAACGUUGAAAUGCACAGUUUGUUGUUUUCCUUAGCUACUACAGGUGGUUAGUUCUACAAAUGGGAAAACUGUAGAAUGUAUUUUUUACAACACAGUGUGCAAAAUGCACGUGGUUUCUCCAGCUUUACCUGGAAUAGGUAGAGGCAUCUUUUGGUUCUUACCAAAGCCUGUUCAUUUAAGCUCCUCAGCAAAGUGGAGGUGGAUGGUAAUAUUUAUAAAUAACCAUGCCUGAAGUCUGAUUCAAUUAGAAGUGUUAGUUUUGUUUUGUUUUUUAGUCAUUUUAUUUUAUAGAAAGAUUUAAGUUAAAUAUAUAGACAAACUACGAAGCUGGGUUUUUUGCUUUUGUUUUGCUACGUACUAACAUAUACAGUUUUUAUUUUUCGAGUUCAUAGAUGUAUAAUAAGUUAUUUACCUGACUGAUCUGCAGUGGAAAAAAAUCGGAAAUGUUUCUCAUGUAGCUGGUAGGGAAAUGUAACUGUAUUAGUUCCCUUUUAGUGCCCUCCUUUGGACGGUUAGAAUUGAGUCAUAUCAAGGCAGGGUUUGGGGCUGGGCUUUGGUCUGCCAAAGUUAAACCUGUAAAAUAGUCUCUGCUCUCUGUCCUUGGCGGCCUCUCUCUUUCUGGCCGCCCUGGGUAUCAACUGUAAACGUUUUCUG